UAAAUUUCUGCUAUAAAUAGCCCCUCGAUCUUUACAUCUCCAUAACAAAACUGCACGAACGUAUUAUCAGCACUAACAGUAGUGAUUAGCACUUGGGUAAAAGUUUGAGAUCAUCAGAUCAUGGGUUCGGAGAGAACUUUGCAAGCUGCUCUUUUCAUAUCACUGAUCAACCUUCUCUUCUUUACCCUUGUAAGUGGUAAUUGCUACAUUUGUCCUAAGCCUAAGCCAAACCCUAAGCCAAGCCCGAGUAGUACUCCUGCAGCCACGCAGAGCUGUCCCAGAGACGCCCUGAAGCUGGGAGUCUGUGCCAAGUUACUUAACGGAACGGUCGGUGCAGUUGUUGGGACCCCACCAGAUGCCCCAUGCUGCUCUCUACUUGGAGGGCUUGUCGAUCUUGAAGCUGCAGUCUGCCUCUGCACUGCCAUUAAGGCUAACAUUCUUGGCAUCAACCUUAACAUCCCCGUUUCCCUUAGCUUGCUCAUCAAUACUUGUGGGAAGAACGUCCCCUCUGGCUUCCAAUGUGCCUAGCUACGCAUGACUUCUUUAGAUCUAUCUAUCUGAUUUGCAACGCUGCUGUGUAUUUUUGUUUUUUGUUAAUUUUUGUACGUUUUUCUCUCCUUCGUGAUGAAGUGUUUGUUAAUUGUCUUCUAGCAAGUGUUGAUUAAUAAUGCAUGCAGACCCCAAGAUUACAAUUCUGAUUGUAACUUUGAACUGCUUUUCAAUUCUGUAGUAGCAUUAAUUGUACUACGUAGUACACGUACGUACGUGCACGAUCUGUAUGCGUCAAUUUCUACUUUACAAAACUGUCCAGGCUAGACUUGUCUAUUUUAAUUUUUAAGCCAACUUUGAAUGAUAUAUAU